AUGACCGACGCCGAGGUUGAAAACAAGGGCGCAUACCCUGGGGAAGACAUUGAGAAAAAGACAGUGUCAAAUGAGCAGGGUCGUCAACAUGAAGUCGGAACCAUCAUGCAUGCCGAUACCAAUGAUGCCGAUGAGGCCUACAAGGUCUUUGUGGAACAAGCCGGCGAGGUCCUCGACAUAACGCCCGAGGAGGAACGUCGGUUGUUGAAAAAGAUUGACUGGAAUCUCAUGCCUCUCUUGUGCCUAUGUUAUGGCCUCAACUAUCUUGACAAAACGGCCAUUUCUUAUGCAAGCGUCAUGGGAUUAAAAACAGACAUCAAUCUAGUUGGUCAGGAUUAUAGCUGGGUUGCUUCCAUGUUCUACUUCGGUUAUCUCGCCUUUGAGUGGCCAACAAACCGCCUCCUGCAGAGAUUCCCACUGGCCAAAUACUCUGCCUUCAAUAUUAUCAUGUGGGGUUUGACACUCUGUUGCAUGGCUGCAGUCAAGAAUUUCGCCGGCGCAAUGACUGUGCGCUUCUUUCUCGGCGUCUUUGAAAGUGCCGUGUCCCCGGGAUUCGCGCUUUUCACUAGUCAAUGGUGGACUAUUCGCGAGCAGGGUUCCCGAACAGCGAUAUGGUUCAGCUUCAAUGGAUGGGGUCAAAUUCUUGGUGGAUUCAUUGCAUAUGGCAUUGCAGUCGGAACAGAGGCACACCCAGUUGCUAUCAAGAGUUGGCAGCUCGUAUUCCUGGUAAUCGGCUUCUUCACCGCUUCCAUGGGCGGUCUGUUUCUAUACUUUAUGCCCGACAAUCAACUCAAUGCACGAUUCCUGACUCAAAAGGAGCGUCUCAUGGCCGUGGAGCGUAUCAGAAUCAACCAGCAAGGUGUAGGCAACAAGCAUUGGAAGCUGUAUCAGGUCAUUGAGGCAUUGAAAGACCCGAUGGUUUGGGCAUUCGUCUUUUACAGCGUAGUCGCCGACAUCCCCAACGGUGGAAUUUCCAAUUUCUUCUCUCAGCUCAUCGUGUCGUUUGGAUACACGAACACGCAGUCGCUGCUGCUAGGCACGCCUGGUGGAGCUGUAGAGGUCGUGGCCUUGGUCGUUGUGGGGUGGCUUGGUGAUCGAUUCAAGAACCGACUUCUCAUAUCAACAUCUGGACUUCUUAUUGCCGCGCUUGGAAUGCUCCUCAUUGCUUGUCUACCAGAGUCGAACAAUGUCGGCCGCCUUGUGGGGUACUAUCUUACGCAGGCGUCGCCUACCCCAUUCGUGGCCCUUUUGUCACUUAUUUCGACCAAUGUUGCUGGCUGGACCAAGAAGACGACAGUUGCUGCAUUGUACCUGAUUGGAUACUGCGUUGGCAACAUUGUUGGACCGCAAAUCUUUUUGGAAAAGGAUGCACCUCAGUAUCGGCCUGCCGAGAUAACAAUCAUUGUCUGUUAUCUUGUCUGCGUGGUCGAUAUCAUCUUUAUUUACUUCUGGUGCAAGCGAGAGAACAAGAAGAAGGAAGCUAUUCGGUCGGCACCUGGAUACACCAAGCUGACGGGGCAAGAGUUCUUGGAUCUGACUGAUCGGGAGAACCCUGAAUUUAUAUAUAGUUUGUAG